AUUCUAACUGACCCUGGUGCGUCUCCCGCAUUGAAACAUCCACCUAUCCAAUCUCGUCUUGAGCCUCACACUUUUCCGCUGUCUCGCAACUAGCCUCGGCCCAUCCUUGUCAUAAUCUUGGUCUGGCGUCAUCACCGAGAUCUUUGAGGUCUCUGACGCAAAUUGGCCGUGUACGAGGGGUUCAAUUGAUAUCAUCUUUGAUCCUCAAGAUGAAGCUCCCUCGAGCUCCAUUACGGAGCUUUGAGUAUCGUCUGCCCCUCCAAGCUCGGUCGGUGAGAAGCAUAUCAACAAUAUCUAGUCCUACAAGGACGACAGCCUGCCGAGCUCUACCAUCAAAUACUCCGUACAGCCGUCGGGCGUACGCCGUUGUCUCCGCCGCCGACCUCCGAUUCGGACAGCCAGUCUACGAAACACAUCCUCAUAUCCUACAACCAAACGAAAUCACACAAGGGAUCACAGCGCAAGAAUAUGCUGAUCGCCGAGCUCUCCUCGCGCAGUCGAUGACAGAGGGCAGUAUUGCCGUUCUGCAUGCUGCAUCUCUCCAGUACAAGUCUGGUGCUGUCUUUCACCAAUAUCGACAAGAGUCCAACUUUCUAUACCUUACAGGAUGGAUGGAAGAAAAUGCCAUUGCGGUGAUUGAAAAGACUGGUCCUGAGUAUGGUGACUACAUAUUCCGUAUGUUUGUCAAGCCCAAAAAUGCUCGUGAGGAGCAAUGGAAUGGUUAUCGCAAUGGUGUGGAUGCUGCAAGAGAUAUCUUCAACGCCGAUGAAGCAUAUACGAUAAACGAGGCAGAGCAAUUGCUUCCCAAGAUUCUCAAAUCAGCCAAACUCAUAUAUGCAGACUCACCACCCUCAAAGGGUAGUGUUGCUUCGACAGCUAAUUGGCUUUGGGGGCUCAUCUCAGGGCGAGAAUCUCGACCCUCCCGAACUCCGCUCUACUCAGUCAUGAACAAACUUCGGGUGGUCAAGAGUGAAGCAGAGGUCGCUAAUAUGCGUAUUGCUGGUCAAAUUUCGGGUCGUGUCAUCACAGAUGCAAUGCGCCGACCGUGGAAACGUGAGAAGGACUUGCAUUGGUUCCUUGACUACCAAUUCGCCGUCAAUGGCUGCGAAGGCCCGGCAUAUAUCCCCGUGGUAGCUGGCGGUGAGCGCGCAAACUGCAUUCACUAUACGGUGAAUAACAGCACGUUCAAAGAGGACGAAUUUAUUCUCAUUGACGCAGGCGGCGAGUAUGGCACCUACAUUACUGACAUAUCUCGCACUUGGCCAGCUUCUGGCCGCUUCACCCCUGCUCAGCGCGACCUAUACCAGGCCGUCCUCAACGUGCAGCGAUCCAGUGUGUCACUCUGCAGGGAAAGCUCCAAGCUCUCACUAGAGGACAUUCACAACGUUACCGCGAGGGGUCUUGUUGACCAACUACGAGGCAUCGGGUUCAACGUCAACAUGGCCAACAUUGACCAGCUGUUUCCCCACCACGUUGGUCACUACAUCGGCCUUGACGUGCAUGACUGCCCUGGCUACAGCCGUCGCGAGACUCUUCGCAAGGGUCACUGCGUUACCAUAGAGCCGGGUGUUUACGUCCCCCAUGAUGACCGAUGGCCGGCCGCCUUCCGGGGUAUGGGUGUCCGAAUCGAGGACAGCGUAUGCGUAGACGACGACUCACCCUACAUUCUGUCCACUGAAGCCGUCAAAGAGAUUGACGAUAUCGAAGCGCUGCGAUCAUGACAUGUACUACUUUAACUGUGACAUACUCAUAUAGACCUGGACCUAGACGUCUGAAAUAAAGUGUAUAGUAAAUAGGAUCAAUACGACUGUGACGGUCGUUGUGUUACUCUUCACGACCCACUCGAAAUUUUGUUGCUAGGCCUACAAUUGAUGUUGUUGCAGCUCAGUCUUGAAAACAAAAGAAAACCGCGCGUGGUUCAUGACUAGGAUCAUGAA